AUGAGCGAGGCCGCCGCCGCCGCCAGCACCGCGCGCGCCGCACACACGGGCCCCUCCGGCGGCGGCGGCGGCACCGGAGCCAUGAAGGUGAAGAAGGCCGGCGGCGCGGCGGGUGGCGCGCCCGGGGCCGCCGGCGGAGGAGCGGCGGCGGCGGCCGGCCCCUGCACCGAGGAGGAGCUGCUGCGCAAGGCGCUCAUCGGCCCGGAGGACGUGCUGGGGCUGUCCAAGAUCACCUCCGACUAUCUGUGCACCCCGGAGGAGAACAUCUACAAGAUCGACUUCACCCGGUUUAAGAUCCGGGACAUGGAGUCGGGCACCGUGCUGUUCGAGAUCACCAAGCCACCGGCUUCCGAGCGUGAGCACAGCGACAAGAAGGACGCUGACCCCAAUGCCGGGCGCUUCGUCCGCUACCAGUUUACACCAGCUUUCCUGCGGCUGCGGCAAGUCGGAGCCACGGUCGAGUUCACCGUGGGCGACAAGCCCAUCAACAACUUCCGCAUGAUCGAGAGACACUACUUCCGGGACCAGCUGCUGAAGAGCUUCGACUUCGAGUUCGGCUUCUGCAUCCCCAGCAGCAAGAACACCUGCGAGCACAUCUACGAAUUCCCGCUGCUCUCGGAGGAGCUCAUCCGGGAGAUGAUCCUGCACCCCUACGAGACGCAGUCGGACAGCUUCUACUUCGUGGACGACAAGCUGGUGAUGCACAACAAGGCAGACUAUUCCUACAGCGGGGGGCCGUGAGCGGGGCCCCCCCCCGCCCCCCGCCCCCCGCAGCAACGGCGCCGG